AUGGGAAUUUCCCAUCCGCUGCAUCGGCGAAGGGUACUCCGUGAGCUGGAGCUACUGCAGGUUGUCCGAGGAGCAGAACUUCUUCCCGACGUCCCCAAAGAUGCAGAGUUCUGCCCUGGUGAUGUCUUGAGCCACAAGCUGCAUGCAAGCAUCUCUUCCGCUCCGAGUUUGCUGUCGACAGCGGAUCUGACUCCACGCUUGUCGUUGAAGGCGUCGAGCAGCCACUGCGCAGAACCUCUGGGGAGUUUGCUUGAGCAACAGAAUGCAGCCGGCUUUGAUCCAGCCUUGGGGCAGCAAUGUGGAUGGAGCCACGCGUCAACUCGGGCGCCAUCAUCCUCCAGCGAGGUGCUGCUGUCAAGCAACAGAAGUUCUGGCUGCGCAUCGGGCACAAAUGGCAAAGAGCCCCUCUGUGAGUCAGAGGCCCGUCCUCACGCCAAGGAGGUAAGAUUCUCGGCCAGCCCAUGUGAUCCGCCAGGUCUUGAUUUGCUGGACCUCUCCAGCAAGAAUGCGCUUCUUAGCCGACGCUGUGUAUCUCUGCGUCAGCAGCUCUCCCUCGAGCGGCAGAGGCGGAGCAUUGCAGCCUCGGAGAGUGAAUUCAGACUCCUUCGCCUCAGACGUGAGCGUGAUGCCUUGCACCAGGAACUUCGGGAAGCCCACCGCAUCCGGCGCGCGCACCAGCGCGACAGUCGGAUGGUCCGGGAACGGCUACGCUCCACGAUCGCAAAUGCAAGAGCAGACAAAGAAUCUGCAAAGCCUGAAUCCGCAGAGCCUGCCGAGACGACGGGUCACAAGGGCCAAGUCGGUAGAGACCAGGGACGAGCUGUCACAAGUGUACAGUAA